CCUUGCGCGCGGGAACAUGGCGGCGUCCUGGUGGAGGUCUUGAGGGGGGAACCAAGUUGGUAUGGCGUUGACGUCGGGGCCCGCGAGGCGGGCACUGGUUCGCCCUGGGCGCCUCGGCCUUGGGGACUGCGGGGCUCCGAGACGCGGGGCGUACGAGUGGGGCGUGCGCUCCACGCGGAAGCCCGAGCCUCGUCCCCUGGACAGGGUGUACGAGAUCCCUGGACUGGAGCCCAUCACGUACGCGGGGAAGAUGCACUUCAUGCCCGGGCUGGCGCGGCCGGUCUUCCCGCCCUGGGACCCCGGUUGGACGCACCCAAAGUUCCGCCGCCCGACCCCGGUUCACGAGCAGCCGCUGUACAAGGAUCAGGCCUGCUACGUCUUCCACCAGCGUUGCCGCCUCCUCGAGGGUGUAAAGCAGGCCCUCUGGCUUACCAAAGCCAAGUUAAUAGAAGGCCUUCCCGAGAAAGUGCUUAGCCUCGCCGCUGAUCCGGAGAACUACAUAGAGAACCAAGAUGAACGCCUUCUGAACGUGAUCUCUCACGCCCGUCUCUGGCACUCUACUGAAGACACCCCGAAGAGAGAGGCCUACUGCCCAGUCAUUGUGGACAGUCUGAUACAGCUGUGUAGAUCCCAGAUUCUCAAGCAUCCCUCUCUGGCCAGACGGAUCUGCGCCAAAAACUACACGUUAUCCACCACCUGGAAUCGAGAGUCUUUUCUCCUUCAGGUCCGUGGUUCCAGUGGAGCCCGACUGAACACCAAGGAUCCGCUGCCCGCCGUCGCCUCCAAAGAGGAGGUUGAAGCUACUAAGAAUCAUGUUCUUGAGACCUUCUAUCCCAUAUCUCCCACUAUUGAUCUUCAGGAAUGCAAUGUUUAUGAUGUGGAAGACAACACAGGAUUCCAGGAGGGUUAUCCUUACCCCUAUCCCCACACCCUGUAUUUCCUGGAGUCAGCCAAUUUACGACCACACCGCUUUCAACCAGAUCAGCUGCGGGCCAAAAUGAUCCUGUUUGCCUUUGGCAAUGCCCUGGCUCAGGCCCGGCGCCUCUAUGGGAAGGACGCUAAGGUUUUGGAGCGGCCGGUAGUUGUGCAGAGUGUGGGCACCGACGGACGCGUCUUCCAGUUCCUGGUGCUGCAGCUGAACACCACAGAGCUGGCCGCUCACGAGGGCAUCAAGAACCUGGUCUGGGUGGACUCAGACCAGCUCCUCUAUCAGCAUUUCUGGUGUCGCCCGGUGAUCAAAAAGAAGGUGGUUGUGGAACCUGUGGGGCCGACUGGUUUCCAGCCAGAGACAUUCAGGAAGUUUUUAGCUCUGUAUUUACAUGGUGCUGUGUGAACCAAGGACCAUUCUGAGGUCUGAAGCCUCCUUGCCCCCCCUCCCGCAAAAGAUCCUGUACCCAGAGCAGUGCUGGGCCUCCCUGGAGCCUCCGUGUUCAUCUGGCCUGCUGUCUGGCUGCCAAUAAAGAGCCUCCCGGUACACUGGAGCCUGGGCCUGGUGUGGGGGGCCGUCAGGAGGGGCGCCCAUAGCUGUACGUGGGCCGUGCCGUGAGCCGGCCUCCGUGGGUGCAAGCUCGGGAGCCUGACCUGCCCCACCUUAAGCCCGGCUCUGCCCACAGCCCACCUGGACUUUAGGUAAGAAUCUUCGUCUCUUGGAGUUUUACCUUCUUCACCUGAAACUUGAGAAUAACAUGACCUCCCUUGAAGACUGUAGAUGCGUAUGGAGCAUCUGCCAUAGGAUAGGUGCUCUCUGAUGCUCCCUGGAUUCUCACGGGACUCUCUAAAUUGUGGGCACAUUUCAUAAUGACUGCAGGAAAUCUGAAUAGAACAUUCAUCGUAGAUUUCUCCCUAGCAUCCGGGUUAGUAGACCAAGUACAUCCCUGGUUCGGCUGGCCUCUCUUUGUUCACAUCACACCCAAGUUCUGCUCAGGGCCCAGCACCUUAGACGUAGCAUCCUGUUUAAUCCUCACGUGUCGUUUCCAUAUUCAGGGAAGUGGUUGAAUGCCCAUGUGCCGGGCACUGUUCUGGGCCCUCGAGAUAAGGGAACUCAGAUAGUAUAAGGUUCCCUAGGUCACAUGGCGGGUGGUACAGGUCAGCUUCCUAGGAGAACACUUGGGGAUGUGCAGGUGAGUUGGGGGAGGACCUGGAGGACCAGCGCCUGUGGGGAGUGAUGGGGCAGUGCUGGGCAGAGAGCCUGAGCUCGGUGGGUUUGCAUCUGAGGUCUCGGCCAGCUCCCAGUUCUGUGGGUGCUCUGAAGCAGAGCUGUCCCGCCCAGAGGUGAGGAGCUGAGCCUUUCUGCAGACACCACUGGCCUGCCGCCAGUCACUGAUACACACUGUUCGUCAGAGCGGGAGACGCCUAAGGUGAGGUGGGUGGAGGGCGACUCCCAGAGGGACUUGGCUGAGAGCAGGCAGCCACGGAAGCAGUUAGGUCUGCCCUGCUGGAGGGCGUCCG